AUGGCAGUAUACUUCCUGGAUUUUUGGUUUUCUCAACUCAAAACCCGAAGAAGACGGAAGCAGACACAGCCAGCGCUGGGGUUAUCGCGUGUGUACGGUGGGAAUAUGCCCAAUAAAAAGAAAAUAAUAGUGACAGGGUUUGAGCCUUUUGGUGAGCAUACUGUAAACUCCAGCUGGAUAGCUGUGCAGGAACUGGAUCGAUUAGGACUGGGUGAAGCAGUAGAUCUUUAUGUCUGUGAAGUGCCCGUUGAAUACCAGGCUGUUCAGAAACUUUUACCAACUCUGUUUAAAGAGCACCAGCCACAGUUAGUUGUCCAUGUUGGUGUUUCUGGGUUAGCCACCACUGUCACACUGGAGCAGUGUGGACAUAAUAAUGGCUACAAACGUCUUGACAACUGCAGUUUCUGCCCAGCCUCUCAAAGCUGCAUGGAGAAUGGUCCAGACUGCAUAAAAUCAGCCCUGGAUAUGGAUACAGUCUGCAAAAGGGUCAACGACUCCAACAUCGGGAUCACGGUGUCUGUAUCAAAGGAUGCUGGAAGGCAAGUGAUGGUGUAUCUUUGUGAUUAUACCUACUACACAUCUCUGUACCUGGGGCAGGGCCGUGCUGCCUUUGUCCAUGUGCCUCCAUUAGGAAAACCCUACAGCAGUCAAGACCUGGGCAGAGGUCUUCAAGUUGUCAUACAGGAAAUGCUGAAACUAGUGGAGGGUAAAUAUACAGAGGAGGAGUCCAAAGACAACAAGCAUUGCAAUCAUACAUAUCAACACCAGCAGUACCAGAAAUGACUGACUUAAAACAGACCAAGACUCAUGGACCUGACCAAAAUUGAAACUCUGUCCUGUUGUAUCAGUUUAAUAAGAUCAACAUUGGAUGUAGUUGACUACUACCUGUUUUAGUAGUGUAGCUUUAACAUAUUAAACUCCAUCAUUCUGAAAGAAAAUAUAUGGUUAAUUAUAUACACUGCCUAACUUCAAUAAGUGUAUUUCUAAGCCAUUUUAAAGAUCAGCUUGUUAGGCUAAUUGUUAUACUUAUAUAUAAUAGAUAUAAUUGUUAAUGGAAUUAAACUCGAAUUGAAUUAGAUUAAUAAAAAAAAUCAAACAAGGCCAAGUAAAUAAAAAAAAAUCAUAUCCAACCAUUAAUUCCUUUAACUUCGCAUCCACAGUGCAAUAAAUAACCAGACUCAACCAUCUGCCUCAAAUAGUUGGGAGGGUUGAGCCAUUGAAAUAUUUUCUUAUGACAAUGUGAAGGCUGUUAAGGAAAGGGCUAAUCCUGAUCUUCAAUAGGAAAUUAGAAUCUGUCAAAUAAUUAUGACAAAUCUAGCCUUUGUAGGAGUAAGUCCACUACCAAAGGGAAAAUCAUAAUUAAUUUGAAGAUAGGCAAUUUAUGUUUACAUUUAGGUUUGUGCAUUUUAUCCAGUGUUACUAGCAUUGGAGCAAUAGCUCUGUCAGCAAGAAAACCCACUUAUAAACAAAAUUUUGUAGCGAAAGAAAAUAAAAAAAAGAGUAACUUGAGACAGAAACUCUUCAGUAAAGGCCUUUUGCCAACUCAGUACGCUUUGAAUGGUUUUAAGGAUUACUUGUGUACACCUCUGUUUUCAACAUUGAUACUUGGAUUAAAGCGUGUUGUAUGUGUCCAUGUAUUUUGUAUGAUAAGUUGGUGUCAGUAAGUUUUGACUGCUGUCGAGCUUCCAAACACAUCAUUCAGAUUAAAGUGGUACUAUACUUGGUCAACGAAAGUGGAGUGUGAUAAAAGUAAAUUAGCUAAUGACGUAGAAACUGUUCAAGUCUUAUCUCUACCAGUUAUAAAGUCUUUUUAUAUUUAAAAGUAUGGACAUCACAUUGUUCUGCUUUUGUUUGCACUAGAAAAAUAUGCAGAUCUUAAAAUGUGACAUAAAAGAAGGACCUCAGGGCACAUUACUAUUGCAAUCCAUAACAAACUAGUUGUAUACGUGGACUUAUCGAUCAGCUGUGUGUAGUGCAGCUUUGAAAAGCAAUAUCAGAAUAGUGUUUGAUUAAUACAUUUCACACAAGUUUAGUUUUAAUGUUGUUAUCAAUCUUAAGUUGUUGAUCACGUGAAGAAAAGCUUAUACUUUCAUGAAUUCUCUUGUGCAACAUUUUGACUCAUCCCUGAUAAACAAAAGAACUGUCUUGUGAUAAGAAGACUACUCAGGUUUCUCUCUUAAGACCCAAUAAUGUCCAUGCUUUGUCUACACGAGUGAAUCAUUUUUAUUACUUUAUCCUUUUUCUGGCUUAACAGAAACACAAAACUUGUGCUGAUGUCAUAUCCUCAAAACUUAUGCUACUAUUAUGUUUAUUUUCAAUCAUACUAUCAGCAACUACAAUUAAAACAAGUUUUCAUUUAUUUGUGUCAG